AUGAAGAAAAUUUGCAAAAAACUGGAUCUGAAGGAACCUGAACUCAUCAAGUCAACUAACUUGAGAAAGUACAUAGCCACUGUCGGCCAGAUUGUGGACAUGAACAAGUUAGAGAUGGGGUGGUUAGCUAACCAUCUUGGCCAUGAUAUUCAUGUACACAAACAAUUUUACAGACUGCCACAAUCGACCAUUCAAAUGGAAGUUGUUGGAAAUCUUAUCGCCGUUGAUGAAGGCCUGGCGCAUCAGUUCAAAGGCAAAAAUCCAAGAAACACCCAGUUAGAAGGUAAAAACAUCGCAAUCCAGUUUUGUAUGAAAAAGGAGUCUUAUCUUUCGUAUAAGAAGCAGGUCUUGCAUGGAUGCAUGCAUGUAUGAGUUAGUUGAGGUAAUUUUAAUGCGAUUGAAUUUAGAUAACAUGAGGAAAAUACAAAAGAAAUGAAUGUUUAAUCAAUGUUUGUAAAUAAAAAUUUGUCAUGAUUUACAUAAACUUCAGCUUUGAUUUUCUCGGCUUAGACAAUGUUUACUUUUUAAAUUAUUUCACCAAUGAACUUGUAAGAUGGGUGGUUUUAUUUUCUACUCGAGUUUGUAUAUCAGAUAAAGAUCGGCUGCUCACACUUUAACUAGUGCUUAAAGCUUCCAGGUGAAUAGUAGUUCCUAUUAACUUCCAGAUGAAGAGCUUUUGUUUGAAACGUUGAAGUUUUCUUAUGUUAUCUUAGUUUAUCCAUUCACACAAAAACUUUAUUGAAGAAUCUACCUACAUUGCAUGGCAGCACAACAUUCAUAAUAUUAGAACAGCAUUCAUUCGUCAAGUGAGUAGACGUAGUAAUACUGUAAAUAUUUAAUCAUUUUGAUGAUAUUUAACCAAUCUUUUGUUAGACUUUGGCCCAGUUGACGAUGAUAUCUAA